UUCACCGCAUGAUGUGUUAAUCUACAGAAAAUGUGAUAUACUUUGAUUCAGUUUUUGAAUAGGCUAAUUUGAAAAUUAGCGUGUGACGUCAGCGCUGCGGUAAUAGACCGAUACCCGAAGUUUGUAAAACAGUGUGCGUUCUGAAAAUCAUCUUAAAGCAUUGUAAACAUUAAACGCUUUACUUUGUUCUUUUAAUAGAAGGGAAACUUUAACAAGUGGUUAAUUUUCAAAUAUUGAAUAAAAACAAAACUUUAUAAAAAAUAUGAAAAUAAUGUAUGUAGCUUGUGGAAUACUGUUUAUAAUUGAUGGAGUAUAUUCUAUGUAUAUAACAGAAGACAAGGAAAUUCAAAAUAAGCCAUGUAGCAUUAUUCCUGCGAACACCAGUCUACCUUGUAGGGAGUUCACCAUUACUGGCCGCCCACAAUAUUGUACAGAAAACACAUUACAGAAGUUAUUCCCGGACUUGUACAAUCGGGUGGACCCAGACGGGGCAAACUGGCCGGGAAAAAUUCAAAACGUUGAGUACAAGGAAUCAAGCACGGAAUGGACAGUAACUCAAGACGGAAACAUCAAUUAUUUAAAAGGCUUUCAGAUUAUUCAAAAUGGCAAAGAUUUUGAAACAUUUGGGCUUAAACUGUGCAGCGUGAUAGAUCUUUCCAAGAUGACAAAAUCAGACCUUAAUCAUCUAAUGAGGACAAAAUUUCGUAUAGAGAACCAAGAUGCGGGAAGCUAUGACGUUCAGAUAAAACCUCUACCGUUUCCUCCAGAAGGCAUACAGUCUACUGGUGUUACAGUUUCUCUGGAAGCAAAUAAAACUUUAAAUGUUUAUCAUCCGGAGAUAAACAUGACGGUUGAUUACUUCCAAGAUAAUGCAACUGCUGUGAAUAUAUCAGUAUUUAUAAGUGGAGAAAUUAGAGGGCUUACAUCAAUGGAAAUUAUGCUAUUUAAUGAAAAUAGAGAUUAUUUACCAAAUGCACAAAAACAUUUUAACAUUUCCCAGGAAUCAUUCGUUAUAAAUGAUUUACAAGAGGGGAAUUAUACCCUAAAGUUAACACCCAUAGACCCAAGUUAUGGUUCCGAUGAUACCACGUGUCUAUGUUAUUUUGGAACAAGUGACCAUCGAGAUUGUAGGCCCUGUAUGGGCUACACGAAAGCAAUACGAGUAGAAAAAUGGACGGACACUUCUAUUGAAGUAAAAUUACCCCCAACUGACGAGGAAUCCAUGGUUGCCCUAAUUCUGGCACCAGUUCUUGUCAUAUCACUGGUUGUCAUCAUAGCACUGUCAAUAUGGUAUAUAUGGUACAAGAACAAACUGCCGUCAUGUGUAAACUUGCCAGAAAUAUUGAGGAAGAAACAUUCAUCCGAUUUCACAUCCAUAGCAGAAGACCAAAUUGCAAAAAGACCUACCCUACGGAUAAUAUAUACAUAUGAUCACGCCUCUCACAAAUCAGCAGUCAACAGCUUGGAAUCUCUCAUAAAGAACUCCACAAACUUUAUUGUUGCCACAAACGAUCAUGUUGAAACCGGAACCAGAAGUUCACUUUUGUCGUCUGCAAACUCCGAAGAAAGUCUUGAUAGAAAAAUACUGAACAGUGCCGACGUUAUUUGUGUUGUUCAUUCGGAAUGGGCUAAUAAACUCAUAUCAGUUAUUGCCUCCGGUGAGGUCAGCGCCGCUGAAUUAGCACACAUUGAAGAUAAAGUUUUUCUUGCAUACGUGAAUGAAAUGAUUCAAAAUCCCGCACUUGCGUCAAAGUUCGUGUCGAUCCGGUACGAGUACACCCCGGAUUCGGCCGUCAUUCGAGAGCCAUUUCUUGGCCCCCUGUUUAAUCUUCCUACAAAUACGGAAGCUUUUAUAAAACACUUACAUUCCAGGGCGGUUUCUUCAGAUUCAAAUGUAGUAAAUUUAAAUGCAGCUGACAAAAUGGCAUUGUUUUCUUCAAUAAACGCAUCAUUCGUUUAUCAAAGUAAGCAUAAGUCAUGGCUGUUCAAAAAAUUAUUCUAUCUUCGGAAUUCACCUUCGAGCGACGAUUCUGGGAUAGUCAUGCGCAGAACUCGAGCUUUACGUUCAAGAAGCGUCCGCUCGCGAAGUGCUGAAACGAUCACGUAUCUUGCGUGCACGUGUGACAAAAACAGCAGACAAACAGUGUGUACCACGUGCUAUCAGAGGCAUGCGUCAAGAUUAAGGACAUAUUCGUGUGAUCUCAGUUUUUAUCCACCAGAAUCUAUUUUCGACGGAACAAGUGAGCGUUUAAGCUUGCUGCAGAAUAAAUUUGUUGAUAUAAAUAGCCGCUAUCAUCAAACGUUGAAUUUAAAGAGCAACGACGAAGAAGAAGAAGACUGUUUUACUUUGGAUGGACAAAGUGUGUAAACGAACAAAUACUAAGUAUAAAAGAAUAUAUUAGUUUGCCUAGAAACACACCAACCAUUCUCUCUGUAAUUUUCAGUUUAGAGCUAGGCAUCGUUGAUUCGCGGACGAAUGGAGUUGCAGACUAGCCUAACACUACUUUGCAGUGUCCUUGUCCGUAUUUUUCUAAAUUAAUGAUUGAUCCAUACACUUACGGACAAUCCACCGAGAUAAACGAAAUCACAAACGAUUUUUUUUCUGAAAGUCAAAGACCUACCUUCCUACAGGCUUUGUUUAACCUAUUUUUACGACUUGGAAUUUAUGGUAUUUAACUAUCUAUAACUAUCUAUUGACUUUCUAAAGCUGUAAGCCUAACUCUUGCAGCAAGAAAAAAAAAAAAAAACUGAGUAUUAACGUCUUUAUACCGUUUCAUGUCACUAACUGAAAUACAGUUGAAACUCGGAAUCUCAAAUCCCACGAGACUUAUACUUCGAGAUACGCGACUUUCGUCUUUACAGGGAUAUUUUGUGCAGACGUUUUCAGGACGGGUCUUCGAAAUAUGCGAGUUCGAGUUGCCGAGUUUCAUGUGUAUAUUCACUUAUAGGCCUAACUAUACUAAAGGAACCAGCGUGGGAGCCAUCUGGUCUAUCGCGUAAUGGCUGCCAGGUAUUUGGACACUAAUUUUUCACUUGGCAUGGCAACAGAGGUCUAAAUUAAAGCUAGUUUCUGUUUAAAUUUCAUUGUGGAUGUAUUUGUGACAUUUUGGUAGGAAAAAUGUGAGAGCAGGUUGUAUUUGGUGAAGUGAAUCUCAGUUGUAGUAUGAGUAGUACUUCCAGGUCACAGCAGUGUGAUUUUGAUGUCAGUUUACAGUAAGCAAAUGUGACCAGAGAAAUCUCUCUUAGAAGAUACAUGACCCCUACUUUUCUCUUCAUAUUAUAUCAGUUUUAUCACAACUCUUUAAAAUGAGGUAAGGAUUUGUUCUCUGAAAUGGGUCUAGCUAUGUUUGGAAGCUCUUUAAAAAAUGUCAGUUUUAUAUAGAAUAUAUAGGGAAAACUAUUUAGAUGGUUGUGACCUUUAGAAUCGUUUGUCACACUCGCCAAUGAUGUAAAAUAGAGAUCAUGACUCUUACAAAAGCGGGCUUUAAAUAAAUGGAAGGGAGUAUUGAUAUAUACCAUACCACAAAGAGUGUACAAAUUAAACACAAGAUUCUAGCAUUUCCAUUGGUUUAAAGGUGGUCACAUGGCAAUCUUCUAUUUUCCGUGAUGCAUAUGGCUUUGUAGAUUUUAAUGUUGGUAAAAACGUGGUCAAUAAACAAACUAAGAAUUGUUUAUGACCCCCACCCCACAAGAAAUAUAUGAGGUCAGUACAAUAAUAUUUUUGGAACUCGGCUAACGCCUCGCAACCCCUCCCCCACCCCCACACACGCAAGAUUUACCAGACUGGUUCAAUAUAUUUCAAUGAAGGGUCAUUACCUAUUACAGUUGGUUAUUUUUAAUACAUUUAGAGGGAAGGGGGUGUAUGUCUGAAAG